UUCCCCGUCCCGAUCCGCUGACCCCGAGCCCACGCCUCCCCGACGGUUCCGCCCCCUCCGCUCCUCUCCGUACGCCGCCGCCACUGCGGACGACGUCGCCACGCCGCCCUCACCACCUCGCCGCCGCUGCGCGUCCCAGCCGCGCCUCCCCGCCGGCCCUCACCGCCGCCGGGCUCCCCGUCCCUCCGCCGCCGCUGCGGACGGCGUCGCCGCGCCGCCCUCCCCACCGCGACGCUGCUGCGCGUCCCAGCCGUGCCUCCCCGCCGACUUCCCGCAGGCCCUCACCGCCUCCGCUGCGGACGUCGUCGCCGCGCCGCCCUCACCACCGCGACUCCCCACGGCGCCUCCGCGGAACCUGAGCGAAUCGCGCAAAUUUGGUUCUCUCUGCUCUUGGGGAGUACGAACAAAGGAAUCGGAAGCUUCCAGAUCUGUGAUGUUGUUGCUGGGGCCAGCUUGCUUAAUACAACUCUUGUGAACCCAACAAUUCAUCUGAAUAGUGGCAUGAUUCUAGGCUGAGGACUUUGAGGAUAAGAGAUUACUGGCCAAGCUUAUAGUUCUGUGAGUGGUCUGCUAAAAGCAAAGCGGGACAAUGCAGCUCAGGUCCGGGCGGCGCUUAGUGUACCCACCGCCGGCGCCGAAGCAGCAAGGAGGUGACCAUCGCCGCCGGUCCCAGCAAAGCUCAGAGGACAGGAUCAGCAGCCUGCCUGAGGACCUGCUCCUUGAGAUUCUCAUCCGUCUCAGGUCCGUCGCUGAUGCUGCGUGUGCUGGAGCAGUAUCCCGCCGCUGGCGCGGCCUCUGGACUGAGCUUCCCGAGCUCACGUUCUUGUCCGACCAACCCCUCUCUGUCCAGUCGACGCUUACCAGGAUCACCCGUCCAUCACUGGACCUCCUCAACAUCUAUCUGUGGUCAAACUGGGAUGAAGACUGGGAUGGACAGGUAUCCUUGCUUCUCCACGGCGCCGCACGGCUGUUGCCGAAGAAACUCAUCAUCACAAUAAUGUGGCUCCCCGUAGCAGACCCCGUCGUGGAUCUUCCUUGCUUCGAGCGCACCUCCUACCUUAGUCUUAAUAUGAUGGGAAUCCCAAUUAUAUUGCCACAGUACGGCGAAUUCACUGCACUCAAGAGCCUUCACCUGCAAUCGUGCUGCAUCCACCUUUGCACCCUACUCCACCUCUGCCCGUGCCUGCGCAUCCUGAACAUCAAGAACUGCAGUGAUCUCGGACAUGCUGGCAUGGUGAUUGUUCACUCGACGUCGCUUGAGGAGUUCAGCUUGGAGAUAAGUAAUCACGACAUCUGCUGCAUUGACAUUGCGGCCCCGGUGCUUAAGGAGGUGACACUGGAGGCCUGUAUUGACAUAAGCUUCACUUUGUCCUUCUCGGCCCCAGUGGUGAAAAAACUCAGAUGGUGUUACACUUAUUCGGACGUUUAUGUUUGGUUUGACCAAAUAUGGCGACUCAUGAGGAUAAAGGAGCGCGAGCUAGAUGAAUUCCAUGUCGUCUCGAUGAGCAUAGUGACUGAAACUCCAAAUGAUGUUCUCUAUACAGAAUGGAGCAUUGGACAAGUGAUAGCUCAUCUUCCUGUGGCUGCUUUUUCUAUUUUAGAGCUGAAUCUCGAAACAAAGGAGCAUACUUUUGGACCAAUGGUGUUGCGUCUGCUUCGAAUUCAACCAACUAUGAAAAGGCUUAAGGUGGUCCUAGCACGUGGCAAGGUACGAGUGCCAUGCCCAGUAAAUUGUCCUUGUGAACAUCCUAUCAACUGGAGAAGUGAAGAUGUCUCUUUGGCUAAUCUUGAAGUCGUUGAAAUUCGUGGUCUGCAAGGAGAAGAUGAUGAAGUUGAUUUCCUAAAAAUCAUACUCCGAUGUGCAACAGUGCUUCAGAGAUUGACAGUGACUAUUUCUGAUGGUGUCUCACCAAGCAACAAUGGCUAUGAGAAGAUCUGGAGCAUUAUGAAGGAGUAUCCUGAUGUGGAAUGCCAUAUUAUGGCAUCCGGUUCUGAGGGGAUUCUUUAUCCAUGAAUAGAAGAAUAUUUGCAAAUGGCAACCGGUGACAUCCUUAUGCUUCAUCAGUUUUUAUCUUGCUGAUAUGUCGGUGUGCACAGUGAUGACUCCAGCCUAAAAUUUCAGCAUAGGGGGGCCAAUGAGCGAGCCAACUGUGGUGUGGUGUCUCAAGUCUCAACUGGACAGGCUGAUGUGUUGUAGUUGUGUCCUACAACAUUAGAGAUAGAUGGCAGACAGUCCAUGAAGUUCUAUGCAUAGAAUUUCUAGUGUAGUUUUCUCUUUAUAGGUACAGAACUGUUUUCACCAGCUGGGAAAUUUCAGCAACUCUUUGUAUCAGCAAGGAAAAUUCAGAACUGUUUUCAGAACUGUUUUGCCUCACCAGCUGGGCUUGUCUUAAAACUUAGAUGUGUACCCAUCAGUUCUGUGCCUGUCAAUGAGAAUGUUGAAGUAUUUGGUCCUUAAUCUAGUGUUUCCAUUAAUAGAACCUGUGGAGGAAUGCUUUUGGGAUU